AUGGAUCCUUCUGUUAAGGCACUAUGUAACGGCCAGCAUCUCCGAGAUACUCUGGAAUUGGUUAUUGAGCCGCGCACUGUUUGGAAGCCAGCGCAGAGCCUUACAGAACCGGCGGCACAAGCCUUUGCAUGGCUCAUGAACGAAUGUCUCACUCACGGGUCUGCCGACGGGGCAGAUGGAAUAUAUGAUGCUGAGAUUGUGGUCAGCACUGGUUCUCUUUUGAAAUCAACAGUACCUGAAACUCGCGCUUUUGGCCAAAAGCUGAAACAAAUGUUGAGACUCAAGGCAAGCAACAUAGCCAUUGAAGAUUCAGACUACAUUCCGGGAGGUCGUCAUGACAAUGACCACGCCGAAUUUCGCCAGAUUGCAAUCUAUCCAACCCAUGACGAGGUUCGCUCGGGCGAGAAACCGUUCUAUAGGCAAGCGGCGGAGAUCCAACAACUGCCCAUUGAAAAGCGGAUCGCAGGUCAUCUCGAUAAUCAAUUCCGGCUUUUACGAGAGGACAUGCUCUUAGACAUUCGUGAGGAGCUGCAGGCAGUGAACAAAAAGAAUAAGAAGCAUCGUAAAGUCACAAUGCUCAGGAAAAUGUCUCUGGAAGAGGUAUUCAGUGGCACAGAAAAGCAGAUGACUCCUUGCGGCUUGGUUGUCAGCUGUCUGCAUGGCCUAGAAGCUCUGAUAACACGGGACAGGGAAGGUCGAAAGGCUUUUCUGAAUAGCAACCGCGGCUAUCUGCGCCAUCAGUCAUUUGGUUGUCUUCUCCGUGUUGGAGAGGUUGUCUCAUUCGCCACGGUUGACAGACAAAUGGACUACCUGCUUGAGGGUGUGCCGAUAAUAGUCUUGCGAGUCGUAGGAGAUGGUGCUACGCGAAAGACGCUAUCUUAUUUCGAACUCUCAACGACCUCUCAGCCUGCGGCUCAAUAA